GAAGCAGGUGUCCAACAUGGCGCGCGCUGGCAGCGGCUCUCUCGCGACUAUUCUCCUUCUACUCAUCUCUCAGGCGGCUCUUCUCAAAGGAGCUGCACAAGACCCAGUGGUGAGUCAAAACUUGGUGACAGACAACGUGGCUGUGGUGGAGGGAGAGACGGCGAUCAUCAGCUGUCGGGUGAAGAACAAUGACGACUCUGUUAUCCAACUGCUCAACCCCAACAGACAAACCAUUUACUUCAGAGACAUGAGACCUCUGAAAGACGCUCGAUUUCAGCUGGUGAACUUCUCGGAGAACGAGCUGCGGGUGUCACUGUCUAACGUCUCGCUGUCAGACGAGGGUCGAUACGUUUGCCAGCUCUACACAGACCCCCCGCAGGAGGCCUACGCUGACUUCACAGUGCUAAUUCCUCCAGGAAACCCGAUCAUCGAAGCCAAAGACGAGGUGCUAAGUGAAGGCAACGAGACGGAGAUGACCUGCACGGCCAUGAGCAGUAAGCCUGCGGCCACCAUCCGAUGGAUGAAGGGAGAUAAAGAGCUCGCAGGAAAACCCAAAGUUGAGUUGACCUACGACAAGAUGUACACGGUAACCAGUCGGGUGGCGUUCGCCGUCAGUAAGGAGGAUGAUGGCGUACCUGUGAUUUGUAUCGUGGACCAUCCUGCAGUCAAGGACUUUCGAGCACGUAAAUUCCUGGAGGUGCAGUACAAACCAGAAGUGAAAAUUGUGGUGGAAUUUCCUCAGGGUUUGACGAGGGAAGGGGAGAACCUGGAGCUGACGUGUCAAACCAAAGGCAAACCUCAGCCACAGCGAGUAAACUGGGUGAAAGUGGAUGAUGACGUACCAACCCACGCUGUCAUUACCGGCAGCGAUCUUUACAUCGAAAAUCUAAACAAGUCCUACAACGGAACGUACCGUUGUGUGGCAUCCAACCCAUUGGGGGAGUCUUAUGACGACUACAUCCUAUAUGUCUAUGAUGCUCCCACCACCACCCCUAUACCCACCUCAGCUAUCAUCACCACCACCUCUAUCACCACCACCUCCACCUCGAACCCCAAAGCCAAUCAAGAUUCACGAGCUGGAGAAGGAGCGCCCAGAACGGUGGACCAUGCGGUCAUCGGAGGCGUGGUGGCCGUGGUCGUCUUCGCCAUGCUCUGCCUGCUCAUCGUCCUGGGACGCUACUUUGCAAGACACAAAGGUACCUACUUCACGCAUGAAGCCAAAGGAGCAGACGAUGCAGCGGACGCAGACACAGCCAUCAUCAACGCAGAGGGAGGCCACACCAACUCCGAUGAAAAGAAGGAGUACUACAUCUAAUCCAAACGGGACCCCCUCACUCCAGCGUCCUCGAGACGUGGAGCUGGUUUUACGGGGAAUGUGGGGCAAGGGGUUUGACAGAGAGCUUUUAAUUUGAAAGGAUCGAGGGUUCGACAGGUCAAGGUGGGAUUUUUAAAAGAAAGUCCUGGUUUUAAGACGUCGUUUAGUCUAGUCUGCAGAUGUAGAUGGAAUGUUCUGUGUUUAACAAAAAAAAACUCAAAAAACAGGAUUUAAAAAUUUAAAGUUGGAGUUUUUCAG